AUGGCCCUCAACAUCAACGACUAUAAUGUUGUAUCUUUGACGUUUAAAACUGAUCUUAUUAGCCUAUCGGUUAAUGAAGAAGACGAAAUCAUUUACAGAAAACAGACUGGCAGUAUUUUCAAGGAGAAUUUGGUCGAUAUCGUUAUAGGGAGCAUCGAAGGAUUUGAUUCGUUUUAUGGAGGCAUUAGCGAUAUUAGUUUAAACAAUGAAAAACUCUUAUUUGACUUCAACACGGUCAAAGAAUUUUCCAAUGUAGAAAUAGGACGCGAAAAUCCUCUCGUCAGGCCCUCAAUAACUCUAAAAUCUUACAAUCCAAUUUUUAUCAACAUGACCAAUACAAUGCAGAACACUCAAGGAUGUUCCACUACAGCCAACUAUAUAACAGAUCCUACAGCGGUGAACUUUGGAGAUCAGCCUGAUAGUUUUAUCAAAAUCCAAACGUCAUUUUGGAAAAAAGACUUCAAGUUUGAAUUUGAUUUUAGGACUUUGUACCCGAAUGGAAUGCUUUUUAUUUCUGUUGGAAGCUCCUCAAUUCCACCCUAUACCUAUUUGGAAAUAAAAGAUGGCAAGCUGACUUACCAUGUUAAAAACAAACGAAAAAUACCUAAGAAGUGGCCAUUGAUGUUUACAAAGAAAGUAAACGAUGGGCAAUGGCAUAGCAUAAGGAUAGUGAAAAAAAAUGGCAAAAAACUGAUAAUGUCGUUGGAUAAUGAGACAAAAAAACCUGUCAGAGUGCCCAAAAUCGGCCUUAAGGAAGAAAUUUAUUUUGGAAGUGUUCCUAAAGAUUAUGUCACUUCUAAAGAAUUGAACGAUAGACUUCAGCCGUUCAGAGGUUGCAUCAAUAAUUUACAAAUAAACGAAGACUCUAAACUUCUAGGAAAAAAUACAAAUGACGUGUCCUAUAGCAAUAUUAGGCAAAUUUCUAUUAUGAGAGACUUGUUUUGGCUUGUUAUUAGAGGACAAGAAGAGCUUGUCUCACAAACUUUUAGCUCUAGAGAAGGCUUUCGAAUCAACUCAAUUCUGGACCUAAGUUUCGAAUUCCGCACUGCGGAACAGAACGGUAUACUCCUCACAGUUUCAAAUGAAGGCAACUAUCCAGCCCUGUCCAUAGAACUACAAAAUGGAGCUGUUGUGAUGACUGUGGAUUUAGGAAAUGGUGUCCAAACAAACGUCACCAAUAAUUUAGAUUCAGAUUUUGCUCUAUGCGACAAUAUGUGGCAUAACGUGACUGCCAUGUACUCCAGUUCUGAGCUAACCGUUAAUGUGGAUGGGAUCAGGAAGAGUUGGGUGCAAAGCGACGUGAAUUCGCUUAUGGAUGAAAUUGAUGCACCUCUUUAUGUUGGAGGACUACCAGAUAAUGCUGCAGUUGGUACGUUGAAAACCCGAGAAAACUUCAAAGGUUGCAUUCGAAAUUUGAAGAUAGAAAACGAUCCAAAAGACUGGUCCGAAAUGGAUGAACUCAAUAGUGUUCUAUUGAACUCUUGUCCUGUUGUACCCGUUUCAAAAAGUUGA